AAAUUUACAUUUUACAUACUAUAAUAUAAUAUACUCUAUCUACAAGGCAAUGGCCCGGAGAAACAGUUUAUGGCUAUUUCAAGUGUUUAAGUUUUUGUGAAAUUUAUUGUUAGACGAUGCAUUGUUGAUUCACGAAGAAGUGGUUCUUAUCUACUUGGGUGUAAAACAAGGCAUUGUGCUAGGUCUUCUUCUAAAUCCAGACUUCAAAGAGAUGGAGUGAUACGGAUAAUUCACGCUGAACUUUUGUAAAUAUGGAGAGAAUUACAAUGAAAUGGAUGGAAAUUUGAAGUAAAUGCUGUGAAGUAUACGGUCACCUGAUACCAAUUUAGAGGGAUAUGUUAAAUUUGGACAUCAGCUGGUCUUUGCUAAUACAGUUUGAAGUGUCCGGAGACAGAACCCUACACGUAGAGCGGUGUCCGUAUGAUGGAUACCCUUCAGCAAAUAAAGGAUGAAUUCUUGGUCUGCCCAAUAUGUUUACGUCAUUACAAGGAGCCAAAAUUACUUCCAUGUCUACACACCUUCUGUCUACAAUGCCUAGAAGACUUUGUUCAUAAAACAGAUAACAAAAAACAUAUCGAAAAUGGUGAUUCUUCAGAGGAAAGUCCACGCAAUGUUGUUUUUAAAUGUCCCGUAUGUAGAGGGGACACAACUUUUGUUAUUUCCGAGGACAGGAAGAAAAUAGAGAGCGGAUUUUCCGAUAAUCAUUUAAUUUCAAACAUUAUGGAGAAAAUUGAUGUUCAUAAAGAGGAGCAAGUAUGCGAGUCUUGUACAGCUCGGGGUCAAGGUCACAAAGUGGCCAAGGCUGAGGUGUGGUGCCAAAACUGCAAAGUCUCUUUUUGUGACAGUUGCAUCAAAGCUCAUAAUGUGAUCAAAGCUUGCCGAGAUCACGUGGUAAUGUCUAUAAGAGAUAUAAGAGUGAACCCACUGCAAACACUGAAAAACACUAAGCGAGAGAUUCCGUGUUCAGAACACAAAGAUAAGGUGUUGGAGUUUUAUUGUUUAGAUUGCCGUGUUGCCAUUUGUUCCACGUGCGUUGCUGUGCAACACAGACGAUGUGAAACGGUCGAAACAUGCGCAGACUCUGCGCGGAAACUAAAACCGGAAACUGAAAGUGUACUUAAAGAUCUUGAUACGCAAGAAGUGUCACUGACAGACUGGCAACAAGAACAUUUGCGCGAAAUCGAAGAAUUAGAGGAAAAUAAAAGUUCGCUGAUAACUGAAAUAAAAACAGUUCGCAAAAACGUUGAUUAUCAUUUAGCAAAAUUAGAACAAUCCGUUUUGGAAGAGCUAGACGUUAAACAUACAAACGCCAUCAUGGGAGUGAAAGAAAGACUGCAAGAAAUAGAAGACCUAAAGAAAAAUCUUGAAAAUACAAACAGGUUUCUAAGACACUUGGUGCAAUUUGGUAGUGAUUCUGAAUUUCUCUCUGUGUUCGACAAAAUCAAACAGCAAAUAAUAGAGAUGAACACGGGUAUCAAUAGACGCAAAAUAGCAAAACUACUUUUCCGGCAUAAAUUUGCUUUAGACACGACUCUUAGUCGUAUUUUUGACCUGAAGUCUCUUGGAAAGAUAGUAGAUGUUGUCGAUAUGAACAAAGACAGUUUUCCGAUGAACGGAGAAAAUGGCAUCGGUCCGCCUUCACCUGUGAGAAAAAGUUCUAUCAAACGGACUGGUACAUUCAGAGUAGACAAAGCAGAGGAGGAACAACAAGCUCAGCAGCAGCAGCAACAGCAAGAAAAGAUCAAACCACAAAAGCAACAAAUUGCUCUCCAGCCAGUACCGUCGCCGAGCAAACACUCUUCCCGGAGCAGUCUGUCGACAAAUUCACCGUCAACGUCAAAUGACUCGAUGAGCUCUCAAGAAAUGCUUGAGGCGACACCAAGACGCCAUGCUGUGUCUAUAAGGGCAAGGCAACAACAGGAGACGUCUGCUCGACUAGCUGCUGGAUCUACUGGCUCCCUUCCUCGCCCAACAAAGCGUGUGAACAGCUCAAUAGAAUUUCGAAAAUCGCAAGCUAUACAGUCAACUCCAUCAAAAGGUACAAAGACACCACCAAUACAGCGACGGCGAGCACAAAGUACCAUCAACGGUAGACCUCCGGUCGGUGACAAACCAGUUAGGCCCGAGAGAAGGUCUAAAACUCCUGAUCAUAAUAUGCGGUCGCCGGCUAGUACCCCAAAUACCAGCAGGAAAGCUACUGAAGGCGUACUUUCGCCUCCACUUGCAAGAAGAUCAGAAAUUACUCCUCCAAAGUCACCGAAGCAGCCAAGACCUGCUCCAAUUAUGGAUAAAACCAACGCUCAGUUACUCUGUGCUUUCAACGGUCGCACAGACAGCGAUAACAAAAAAUGUUGGCCUCUGGACGUUACCGUAUUAUGUGACGGAACACCAGUUAUUACAGAUUUCCAUAAUAAGAAGAUAAAGGCUUUUGACGCAACUGGUAUGGUAAUGUGUGAUGUGUUAUUGCCUUCUUGGCCUCAUGGUAUUGCUAAUGUAGAGAAAUCCGAUGUGGCUGUUACUCUACCAGAAAUAUCAACGCUUGUCUUUGUAACGGUUAACGAAAAGACAAUGUUGCUACAGAAACGAAUUAAAACUGUAAAACAGUAUCGUGGUAUUUGUUGUCACGAGGAGAGCGUUGGUGGCAAACCGGUGAUAAUUGUCUCAUGCUGCGCUUCCAAUAAUCAGUCGGUAGAUGUCUUGUCUCUUGAUGGUGAAAUCCUUAAAAGCCAUCGCCAUGACAAUCGGCAACCAGGUCGUACCUUGUUUACAUGGCCUUACUAUGUUACUGUAAACAAUGAAGGGGAGAUAAUUGUAUCAGAUUGUGAAACGAAGACUGGAUUGCUCUACCUUGACAAGAAAGGCGAUGUCAAAUAUGAUUACCUUGCCAUACAAGUAGUCAUACAGGAUCCACGUGGUAUAUGUACCGAUCUGGACGGAAAUGUCUAUCUUGCCGAUAAGUCUGCACACGCAAUACAUAGUCUAACUUCCGACGGUCAUUACAGGAAAUGUGUAGUUAGCGCACGUGACGAACUUAUUCAGCCAAUCGCAGUUUGUGUAAGCCCAUUUGGACAUAUAAUUGUUACACAGGACAAUGGCGAUAUCAAAGUGUAUGCUAUUGACUAAAUGCACCCAACAAGAAAGUGUACUUUAUUUAUUUGUGCUUCAAGUAAGAGGUCCCCGUCGGGUUUCGCUACUUUUGCACAAUAGAAUUAGUGUUGAAAAAGAGGAUACUAAUAUAUAUCAACUGAAUUGUUCUGUAUUUGUAUUUCUGUUACGUUUUGUUAUUUCCUUAUUCAAAAAUAUUAUAUUCCUGUAUAGAGUUUAGAGUACUAAAAUAUGAAUAAAAUAUUUAUGUUA